CUACCAGCCACCCAGCACGAUUGUUCUCUUUCAUGAACCCUCUUGCCAUUCAAAUCUGGCUAUACGUGCUCGCCGCGUACGUCCUCGUCUCGGUGAUGAUGUUCGUGGUCGCGAGGAUCAGCCCCUAUGAAUGGAACAACCCUCAUCCCUGUCACGCAGGCUCCGAAAUGGUCGAGAAUCAAUUCUCGUUGGCCAACAGCUUUUGGUUCACCAUUGGCACUCUGAUGCAGCAAGGUAGCGAUUUGAAUCCCAAGGCAACGAGCACGCGAAUCGUGGGCGGCAUAUGGUGGUUUUUCACCUUGAUCAUCAUAUCCUCGUACACGGCCAACCUGGCGGCGUUUCUUACCGUGGAAAGGAUGAUAACUCCUAUCGAAAAUGCGGAGGAUCUCGCCAGUCAAACAGACAUCGCGUAUGGCACCCUGGAUAGCGGAAGUACCAUGACCUUUUUCAGGGAUUCGAUGAUCGAGACGUACAAGAAGAUGUGGCGAUUCAUGGAGAAUAAGAAGCCAUCAGUAUUCGUGCCCACUUACGAGGAAGGGAUCCAGAGGGUUCUUCAAGGUGAUUACGCUUUCUUAAUGGAAUCCACUAUGCUGGAUUACAUCGUGCAAAGGGAUUGCAAUCUAACGCAAAUCGGUGGACUUCUGGAUAGCAAAGGAUACGGGAUUGCCACGCCUAUGGGUUCUCCUUGGCGUGACAAGAUAUCUCUGGCGAUUCUAGAACUCCAAGAGAAGGGAGAGAUUCAGAUGUUGUAUGACAAAUGGUGGAAGAGUCCCGGUGACACUUGCAUGAGAACGGAGAAAGGGAAGGAGAGCAAAGCGAAUUCCUUGGGGGUAGACAAUAUAGGCGGAGUAUUCGUUGUACUACUGUGCGGACUGGCGUUCGCCGUGGUGAUCGCAAUUUUCGAGUUCUGCUAUAAUACCAGAAGGUCGCCACCGGAACAGAGAGCUCCAGUAUCGAUACCAAUCUCUUCGGAUUCUCUGCAAGGAAUCUCGCAAUCCAUGCAACAACAGACGCAGCAACAGUCGCAACAGCAACAACAGCAACCGAAUCAGCAACAGGAGUCUCUGUGCUCGGAGAUGGCGCGAGAACUGUGCCGCGCGUUGCGAUGCCACGCAUCCUCGAGGCGGCGACGCACCUGCGAGAAAUGCUCGACCCAUGUGCUCGGCUAUCCGCCGGACAAUCCCACUGCCACCCCCCUCAAUGGGAUGAGAUCGCAAAGAAGCAGCCUGGGUGUUCCCACAGUCGAACUGCCGCCACACGUCCACAUGCAUCAUCACGCGCCACCAUCACACGACUACGAUGGAACUUAACUCAUGAACCUCGUCGCACCAUUGCGAUCUUUUAGGAUCUAACGAGCAAGAAAAAAUGAACUGAAGAAUAGAAGAGAAAAGAGUACAACCGAGGAAUAAAGUCUCUUUUUUUUUUUUCUUUUGAACAAAAAGAAAAGAAAGAAAAGUGAAUAAGAAUUAGAAAGAUCGACAAGAAAGUACAAAAACGCAUCAAGUGGCAGCGAAUCAAAAAAAAAAAAAAAAAUUGAACGGAUCAAAUCGAUCAGAGAUUCGUCCUUUCCAUUUUUUUUCUAGAGAACGAGGUAGUUAUCCCGUCGCGGAUAUCACGUCGAUAAUCACCCAAAGAGAACGAACAAUUUGCACAAUUUCUGAUACCGAAUGCCCCGUCGUUGUUCCGCGUCGGAACACGAGCGGAGGAAAAUAGUUCUCGUAUUGUUAUAUCCACUCCCUUUUCUCACCGAAAUCUCACCGAAAGAAAAAAGAAAGAAAGAAAAAAAAAAUGGACUCGUUUCACUUUCUACCGUAGAAGCUGCACCGAAGACGAUUGUUCGCACAUUGUUUGAUAAUAAAAUCGCGGAGCGGAGGGAUCGAUUGUGGAGAAUAAAGAAACGAACAGAUAUCUAUCCGAGGGAAGAUAAAAAUUGAAAAUAAUUUUUUAACAAUUCUCGACAAGCUAUCUAUCUUUUUUUUUUUAAGCGUCCUAUCUAACAAGUUUGUUUCCUCGAUUCAUUUGUCAAGAUACAGGAAAUUUUUUAAUUUGUAAAUCAAGUUGAAAAGAUUGGAUUUUCCCCGUAACAAGAAUGUUAUGAGAUACGACGAAAACAUUGAAUUUUAUAUUUCGAAAUAUUAGAUAGGAAAUUUUAACUAAGAUGGAUAGCUUUUAGAGGCGUUUAAUUUACAUGUAGUAGCUAUAAAAAGUAUUUAUCGCAUCAUUAUAUUUAUAUACCAAUUAAACAGAUCUAAAUAUAUAUAUAUAUAUUCUCUUCGUUUAACAAUUUAUUAUUGAAAAAUAGAAAUAUGUGCGAAUAUUUUUUCUAGCCACUAUACGUAUAACCUAAAACACGAUUAAAUUUCGAUCGAUCCCUGAAAAAUUACCUGAUGAUGGAGCCUGAUGUACACACCAUUUUCAAAUUUUUCUAACCACUUUGUACAAACCAAGAUGGAGUAGGAAUCUAAGUAGAAAUCGAAUCGAGAUAAAUAAAAUAAUCGUAUUUUUUAAUUAGAAUAUUUCUCCUUCGAGGAAAAAUCGAGUUGAGAAAAUGAGAAACUUGAACUUUCCUUCCAUUCGCGGCCAAGAUAAAUUAGCGUAUCCUAGAUUUCAGGCACGAUUCGAUGCUUCCUAUAUUUUUCACGCGAUAAAACGACGCGCGAUCGAUCGUAGAAAUCGGAACGAUCACGAAAAGGCUUCGUUUCUUCUCUUUGCCUUUUUUUGCGUGAACGAACCGCACCGUAACGAAAACGUAAACGAAUUUCUUGCAUACUUAAUAUACACACAUAUAUAUCACACACACACACACACAAACACAGAUACAGAUCCGUGUAAAUACCGUGGCGGCACGCGCGAAAGUAGACGAUCCCAUUUGCGAAUAUUUUAAAAAAAUAGAGGAGGCAAGGGAGUAAUUGUUUAGCGUUAAAGGAAAACAAAAAAAAAAAGUACAACUAAGUAGACGUUUGGUGUCAUUUCACGUGUGUAUAUGCAGAUAGACGGCGAAUAAAUGUAAAGACAAGAUGAUGGACACGGAAA